GAGCGCGCCGCUGGCUCCCCCGUGUGGAGCUGCUCGGUAAUUGCACCCUGGUCCGUCGCAGCGAUAUCACGCGGUGUGAUACAUCAUCAACACCAGACGCGCUACCACAAGAAACCAGCAGCAAUAAUGCUUUUCUACUCGUUUUUCAAGUCUCUGGUGGGGAAGGAUGUGGUGGUGGAGCUCAAAAACGACUUGAGCAUCUGUGGAACUCUUCAUUCUGUCGACCAGUACCUGAACAUUAAGCUCACAGACAUCAGUGUCACUGAUCCAGAGAAGUAUCCACACAUGCUGUCUGUGAAAAACUGUUUCAUCCGUGGAUCUGUGGUCCGGUAUGUUCAGCUACCUGCAGAUGAAGUGGACACUCAGCUCCUGCAGGACGCUGCACGAAAAGAAGCAAUGCAGCAGAAGCAGUGAUUGACCUGCAGGAUGGGGUUUAGUCUGGGGGAGGGGCGGGAUUUUUGUGCCGGUGCAUAAUGAGUAGUUUAAGUUCUGAGUUAAGUUCAUUUAAAGAUUCAGUCUGUGCAGCUCUUGUAAAGAAGCAGUAUUGGUCACUUUCCUGUACUUUGACAGAGAAUUUAACUGCAUUCCUGACUGAGUGAUCAAUACAACAGUAAUUAUUGGAAAUGGUCUUCACCUCUUAGGCUGUGUAGGAGGCUUCAUUUGAUACUGUCUUUUGUUUUGUUUAAAAAAAUAAUAAAAUAAAAAUAGAACUACAUGCAAUUUUGAGCCCAGUAGAGGUAAAGAUCUGUUGUAGUGUUUCUGUUGCAUAAUACAAGCACUGUUGCUUAUCUUUCAAAAUUUUGACUUUUGGAUUUUUUUUAUGCCACUUCAAAAUAAAACUAUUUUAUUUAUA